AUGGCAACAAACCUAUUCGGCACAUUCGGCGCGAAUGCUGGAGCAUCUCUAACUGGACCUGCCGCUGGUGGCUUUGGUGGUGCCACGGCACCCGCGCCUGCCACUGGUGGCUUCGGUGCCGCCACGGCACCCGCGCCUGCUGCCGGUGGCUUCGGUGCCGCCACGGCCCCUGCGCCUGCCGCUGGUGGCUUUGGUGGUGCCACGGCACCCGCGCCUGCCACUGGUGGCUUUGGUGCCGCCACGGCACCCGCGCCUGCUGCCGGUGGCUUCGGUGGUGCCACGGCACCCGCGCCUGCCGCUGGUGGCUUUGGUGGUGCCACGGCACCCGCGCCUGCCACUGGUGGCUUCGGUGCCGCCACGGCCCCUGCGCCUGCCGCUGGUGGCUUUGGUGGUGCCACGGCACCCGCGCCUGCCACUGGUGGCUUCGGUGCCGCCACGGCACCCGCGCCUGCUGCCGGUGGCUUCGGUGCCGCCACGGCCCCUGCGCCUGCCGCUGGUGGCUUUGGUGGUGCCACGGCACCCGCGCCUGCUGCCGGUGGCUUCGGUGCCGCCACGGUCCCUGCGUCUGCCGCUGGUGGCUUUGGUGGUGCCACGGCACCCGCGCCUGCUGCCGGUGGCUUCGGUGCCGCCACGGCACCCGCCCCCGCUGACGGAGUCAAGGCGCUUUCUGCUACAACGGCGGCGCAGUCCUCGUCAUCUGCUGCGUCUCCCUCUCAGGAAUUUGCGGGUAAGAAUCUCAGUGCGGUACUGCGCAAACUGGACACGUGCGUUGGCACCGAUCAGCGCCACUUUGCGGCGUUGGCCCAGCACGUGGUGGCCCGAGAUCGGCAGAUUAUGGCGCGUGGUCGUGAGCUGAUGGAGGUGCAGUCGGUCGUCAAGGACGCCCUGACGGCGGCGAAGAGUGCGGAAGCGACGCUGAAUGAGUGCAAGCAGCGCCAGGCCGCCCUCUCCGACUACUUGCAGGCACUAGAGGACAAGGUUCAGCCGUAUUACAAACAGUGGGAAGACCAGCAGCAGCAGCAACACGAAGAUCGUGGGGUGGACCAGCAACGCGUCAUUGCCUACGACAACGUUAUGGCGCUCCUCGAGGAGGUACAAGGCGUGGAGGAGAAAGUGAAUCGUGCGGUUCGGCAGCACAAUCGCGCACGAACGGAGCUGCUGGAUCUUAGCGAGGUGGAAGGGAUGAUGCGGAUGAUUGAUGGGCAGCUGCUGGCGCUGCAAUGUUGCGCCACACAAGCGACCGCGUUAGAGCUGGAGCUAGAUCGACUUCUUGGAAAAGAAGCGUAA